AACCCACGAAGAAGAAGUAGAAGCAGACUGCUGCUGCUGUGAACCCACGAAGAAGAAGUAGAAGCAGGCUGCUAGCUAGCUACCUGACCGGGUGGCUAUCUGCUAACAACUGAAAACAGACACGUGCCUGGUCUUAUUUACUCUUGUUGACAGUGUAGCUGUAGCAAACUUCUUCUGCCACGAUGGGGAUUUUAGAGAAAAUCGCGGAAAUAGAGAGAGAAAUCGCUCGGACGCAGAAAAACAAAGCCACUGAGUACCAUUUGGGUUUGCUGAAAGCAAAGCUAGCCAAAUACAGAGCUCAGCUCCUGGAGCCCUCCAAGUCAGCUGGAGCCAAAGGAGAGGGCUUUGAUGUCAUGAAAUCAGGAGAUGCUCGGGUUGCUCUUAUCGGUUUUCCCUCUGUUGGUAAGUCCACCUUCCUCAGUCUGAUGACAUCAACAGCCAGUGAAGCUGCUUCCUACGAGUUCACCACCCUCACCUGCAUACCCGGUGUCAUAGAGUACAAUGGGGCCAACAUCCAGCUGCUAGAUCUGCCGGGAAUCAUUGAGGGAGCUGCCCAGGGUAAGGGUAGGGGUCGUCAGGUCAUCGCUGUAGCCAGGACGGCAGACGUCGUCAUCAUGAUGUUGGAUGCCACAAAAGGAGACGUUCAGAGGGAGCUUCUAGAAAAGGAGUUGGAGUCUGUUGGCAUCAGACUCAACAGGCAAAAACCAAACAUAUAUUUCAAGCCAAAGAAAGGUGGCGGCCUUUCCUACAACUCCACAGUCCCUCUCACCCACUGCUCAGAGAAACUCGUCCAGCUCAUUCUUCACGAAUACAAAAUCUUUAACGCAGAGGUGCUCUUCAGAGAGGACAGCACGCCAGACGAGUUUAUCGAUGUCAUCGUUGGGAACAGAGUCUACAUGCCUUGUUUAUAUGUGUACAAUAAGGUGGAUCAGAUCUCCAUCGAGGAGGUGAACCGCCUUGCUCACAGAGAGAACAGUGUCGUCAUCAGUUGUGGCAUGAAGCUGAACCUGGAUUACCUCCUGGAGACGAUGUGGGAAUACCUCUCUCUGAUUUGCAUUUAUACAAAGAAAAGAGGAGAACGACCAGACUUUAAUGACGCUAUCAUUAUGAGAAGAGGAGCGUCUGUAGAACAUGUGUGCCAUCGAAUCCACAGAACCUUAGUCGGCCAGUUCAAAUACGCACUUGUUUGGGGAACCAGUACCAAGUACAGUCCUCAGAGGGUCGGCCUCACACACAUCAUGGAGCACGAGGACGUCAUCCAGGUUGUGAAGAAGUAAAACAAACUUCUGACCGGACACAGGGGAAAUAAAAAAGGAGCAGGAGUUGACUCAGAUGAAACGGAAUGAAAUCUGCUGAACUUUAGAAAUACGGCAAUGAAAAAUAUAGCAGCUGUUCUUCUUUUGUACAUGAUCAUCAACAAAACACAUUAAAGACUAGAUUGGAGCUGCUUGUGGACACGAAAUGUGUAUUUUAUUUUUGAUUAACAUUGAUUGUGAGAGGAAGGGGAGGAAAAAAUAAAGUCCAUAAACAUCGGA